AUGCCGCGUGGGAAAUGGGACACGCCAGUCAUUAUCUACGGCUACACUCCAUCCUUCGUCCUUAUAGUACUCGCCGAUGUCCUCUUCUUCCUCCUUCUCAUCGUCCACACAUGGCAGAUCAUCCGCUACCGCAGCUGGUACUUCGCCACCUUUCCAAUCGGCCUCCUAUUCGAAAUCGUCGGCUACGUAGCCCGCUCUCUCUCCGCCAAAGCGAACCCGUAUAACCUCAUCUACUUCAUUCUCAACUACUUCUUCAUCGUCACUGCACCAGUCUUCCUCGCAGCCGGCAUCUACGCGAUUCUAUCCGCUCUCAUCAACCGUCUUGGGCGACAGUUCACGCCUUUGCCGCCUAAAGUGGUUUUGUGGUUCUUCAUCACCUCGGACGCCGUCGCAACCAUCACGCAGAUCUCGGGCGCCGCUUUGAUAGGUGUCAAGCAGUCGCGCCGCGAGGACCCUACGACGGCCAACAACAUUUUGCUUGGAGGACUUGCCUACCAGGUCUUUUCGAUCGGAUGUUUCGUCAUCACUACCUCCAUAUUCCUCUUCAGAGCUCGAACAGCGAUCAAAGAACAUAGGCUUACUACUUUCGUGGCUGUGUUUUCGGGAGCGACGUUGUUGACAUACCUGCGUACCUGCUUCCGUCUUGCCGAAACUGCGGAGGGUCUUGGGGGUUACCUCUACUCGAAUGAGGUUUUCUUUGGCGUGCUUGAGUUUGCGCCCGUGGUGUUGGCAGUGAUAUUGCUUUCCAUCUGGCACCCCGGGAGAUGUGUAGCAAAGAAGGUCUCCGGUGGCGUUGAUGAUGCAGAAAAGGCUAGAGUACGCAGUCGUGAGUCCAUUCAAAAAUAG